AUGGCCUCCAUCGAUCCACCCUCUGAUCGCAAACGCCCGCGCACCGAGCUCGAUGCCGAGCUGCUCAUAAAUCACCCAGCGCUUUACUUCGAUGACGGAAACGUCAUCUUACAGUGCGGCAAGACCCUCUUCCGCGUCCACCGCAGCAUCCUCCUCAAGCACUCCACCUUAUUCCAGGAGAUGCUCGCCCCCGCGCGCGACACCCUGCGCGAUUGUACGUCGAUCAAGGUCGUCGACGACAAGGACGACAUGGAGGCAUUAUUAAACACAAUAUACGAUGGUUUCACUAUCGACGCUUCCCAAAUCACCAUCGAGAACUUCCCGACCAUCUCCGGUAUUCUGCGCCUCGCGCACAAAUACCGCGUCCCGCGCCUCCGCGUCGCCUGGCCCUCUGCCCUGGACAAGCAUCUCGCGCGCGCACGCGCCCUCACUGCGUGGCGCGCUUCGCAGCCGCACGCCGAGGACCUAAUCGUGCACCCCGCUGCCUGCGCUCCAUCGACUGCGCCGAUAACGCCCUGCUCACCGCGCUCUUCUACGACCUCAGCCGCCGCACGCCGCAGCUCAUGAUUCGUCUGCGGCGCUCCGGCAUAGCUCGGUGCUUUGCCCCAUUUCCUUGCUUCUGUGGGCGGUUUUGCGUGGUUUCGGAAAUGGGGCUGCAGACCACAAAAUUCCCUCAGACCACAAGAUCGUGGUGAAGAACCCCGUCGUCGAGCUCGAUGGCGACGAGAUGACGCGCAUCAUCUGGAAGAAAAUCCGCG